ACUUACCUACCAAUCCCCCCCAAAGCCAACAUUUGUUAAGAGAUGUGCGACACAUUCUGCAGACAAACUGCUGAUUGAGUGUUGUGAUACUCAGGGCUGUGUCUUAUUGUUGUGUUGCAGGACUGCAGUUACUUGAUAUUCUGCCGAAGUUAAGGGAGCAGGAAGAUGAAGACUUGAUUAUUCAAUGUGAGGCUUUUGAAGAGGCAAUGGCUGAAGACGAGGAGGAGCUGCUGCGGCUCUAUGGGGGCAUUGACAUGAGUGAUCACCUGGAGGUGUUCACUACUCUCUUUAACAAGGUGAGCAGCUUUCCAGCCUCCCUCCAGCUGCUGUCCAUCCUGCAGACGUUGUUGGUGCUGGGGCCGGGCCGCUCGGAUAUCUGGCUGGCUCUGGAGGCCAUCAUUAACAGAGCCAUACUGCUAGCCCAGGACUCUCAGAUGGAGUCCUGUGAGAAGAUCAUGCAGCGGCUGAUGUUCUCCAAAGGCAAGAGCUGUGGAGGUCAUCAUGAAAUGGACGGGCGGCUUGUGAAAGCGGAUAAGGCCGUGCAGACGAACCUGGAUCAUCAUCAGGAUGAAGAGAAGUCAGACAAAAGCAUACAAUCCUCUCAGAAACCACUGUGUGCCCCACCUCCUCCUCCACCUCCUCCGCCUCUACCCCCUGGUAUGACAGGGGCCAUGCUCCAACCUUCUAACCAGUGCCCACCACCACCACCACCACCACCACCACCUCCUCCUCCUCCUCCUCCACUACCUGGAGGGUUUGGCGGACCCCCACCUCCUCCGCCCUUGCCUGGAAUUCCACCACCACCGCCCGGUGGUCCAGGCAUGCCUCCUCCGCCACCACCACUACCAGGGAUGGGUGGCGGACCACCGCCACCUCCUCCUCCCCCAGGCAUGAUGGUGGCUCAGAGCAGCCAGGCCCUGGGGUGUGCUGCACCCACAAAAGCAAACCGAUGCCCCACCCUGAGGAUGAAAAAGCUCAACUGGCAGAAACUCCGCUCUGUUACCGAUGGUCACUCCAUGUGGGCCUCGGUUCAGAAAGAACCUCUUUCUCUGGAGCCGGACUACAGCAGUAUCGAGCAGCUGUUCUGUUUCCCGGUGAACGAGGCCAAAGACAAGGGGGCAGCUGCUCCUGUCAAGAAGGAGCCUAAAGAGAUUACAUUCAUUGAUCCAAAGAAAAACUUGAAUUUGAACAUAUUCCUAAAGCAAUUCAAAUGCAAAAAUGAGGACUUUGUGGCCAUGAUUCAGAAUGGUGACCGAACUAGGUUUGAUGUAGAAGUGCUAAAACAGCUUCUCAAGCUCCUGCCAGAAGGGCAUGAGAUUGAAAAUUUGAAGUCCUUCCAAGGAGAAAAGGAAAAGUUGGCAAAUGUCGACCGCUUCUACACCUCCCUUCUCACUCUGCCAUGUUAUCAGUUGAGGAUUGAGUGCAUGUUGUUGUGUGAGGAGACUUCAUCAGUGUUGGAUAUGCACAAACCUAAAGUCAAGCUGGUGGCCGAGGCCUGCCAGUCUCUCAGAACGAGCACGCUUAUUCCCAGCUUCUGCAGGCUCAUCCUUGACGUUGGAAAUUUUCUCAACUAUGGAAGUCACACGGGGAACGCUGAGGGGUUCAAGAUCAGCUCUCUGCUCAAGCUUACAGAGACCAAGGCCAACAAGAGCCGCAUUACGCUGCUUCAUCACAUCCUGGAGGAAGCAGAGGCGACCCACCCGGAGCUGUUGGCGCUGCCAGAUGAUAUAGAGAUCUGUGAAAAAGCAGCAGGAGUUAAUCUGGACUCUAUCCAGUCAGAAGCCAGUGCCUUACUGAAACGACUGAACGAGACUGCCAAGAAGGUCUCCAACUCUGUCGACGAGUUGAAGGAGCAAUACGGAAAAGUUCUUGACGAAAGUCUAGAGGCAUGUCAGGCUUUAAAUGAAAAGUUCACUGUGGUGGAGAAGAAGAAGAGUGAGCUGGCUGUCUACUUGUGCGAAGAUGCCAAUCAGCUGUCUCUUGAGGAACUCUUCGGAACCAUCAAGACUUUCCGGGGACUUUUCAUAAAGGCAGUGAAGGAAAACAAAUCCAGAAGAGAGCAAGCAGCCAAGGCUGAGAAGAGGAAGAAGCAGCUGGCAGAGGAGGAGUCCAAGAGACAGAAGGGAGAGAAUGGAAAAAUCAUCAAGAAAGGCAUUGUACCACAGGACGACGGCUGCAUCAUCGACCACCUCCUGGCGGAUAUCAGGAAAGGUUUCAGCCUAAGAAAGACCAGGCCAAGGUGCGAUUCGGAAAGCCUCCCUUCUAGUGAAAUUCGUAGGGAUACCUGCCCGUCUGGAUCAAGUGUGAAAUCUGUCGAAGAAAAAGCCGUAGAAAAAGCCGCCAUCUCCACUCCCACCAAACCUCAGUCAGAGGGUCCCCACGCCAGCACAGGCGGAGUGAACGGCCUCAUCAGCCCAUCAGAAGAGACUCUGCCAGCAGCUCAGCGCGCAGUUCAAGACAGACCAGCUGCACCUCUCAAGGCACUCCCAGGAGAACCCACCAUGAUGAUGCAGCAGGCACCCCUGGAAAGACCUGCGUCGCCGCAGGAGGGGCAACAUCCACAGAAACCUUUAUUUUCACUAGACACUACUCAGUCCCGGAUUGAAGCAGAACAUCAACCAUGUCUCCCCACAAAUGGUUUUUCCCUUGAUUCAUCCGAGACCAGCGUCCUCAGCCCGUCUUCCCUCUCCGAUUCUGACCUGCUAGAAGCUCUGCUGGAUUGCACGUCCAGCCUGGCCUCUGAGAAGCUGAUGCCCGAGGAGCCAGUGGACAUUAGCGUAAAUGUUCAAAUAGAGAAAAGUCCUUCACCUAAUGCAGACAAUGUGACUCAGAGUAGUAAACGCAAUACAGUGGGAGAUGAGAAAGGUGAAACUAGUGACAAAAUAAUAUUUUUAGCAGAGACCGUAGGAUGUGAAAAGGGUCCAGAAGAGCCGAAAUGCAUUGGGAAAACAGUCCGUGACCACACGCAGUGAGGGCAUCGAGGGCUUCGAUGUCCCAGAUGGACUGGAAUCACGAGAUCUGCCAUCAGUGUCUGACGCAGUGUCUGAAGCAGUGCCUCCAACACUUAAGACCGAACCAAAGAAAAAGAAGAGCCUCUUUAAACGAAACAAAAACAGUAAUCCAGGUCACUCCAGAAAAAGAAAAUCAAGAGGAAAAAGAAAAUGUUAAUUUCACACAGCUGUAUAAUUAAAUUUGUGAGACUACAUGAGCAUCGUCUCCUUCAAGAGGAUACAGAAAUCUUUUUGCAAUGAUUUAUUCUCGAAGAGUAAUCUCAUGUUAAGGCUGGGAUCUUCCCAGCAUGGAUGUCCACGUGUCUCUUUAUGUAAAUUAGUUGUUUUGUGUAUACAAGUGGUUUGAGAACUAUUCAAAAAAAGUUGCUUUAUAUGUUUUGUAUAAUUGUUGUAAUAUGCAGUGAAUGUGUUUUUGCAAUAUGCUAUAUUACCUUUCAGCACCUAAAGAAAGAUGCAAUGUUGUUGGUGCAAGAUAUUUAAUUUAACUUAUCAAAACAGAACUGCUUGAAUGUCUUAAUUUCUUUAUAUUAUCCAGAUCUCUAAAAUGAACGUAUAAGGACAGAAUAUAAUGGAUUGUACAUUUUAAUGUUAGAUAUAUUUUAAUAAAAGUGAAUUUACUGUU